CACCACCAUCACCAAGCAUGCCAGCUCACUUCGAGAAGGCCCCACUGCUGCCCGCCGGCGCAGCACCGCGACGCAGCCGCACGGCAUCGCCGCCGUGGGCGCGUGCGCUGCUCGCCUCGCUGCUGCUCCUCGUCGGCGCCAGCCUGUGGCAGGGCGGCAAUGCGCUGGCGCCCGCCCUGCGCCCCGCCGGCAGCUUCAGCUGGCUCGCCGCGCAGCUCGAGGCCGCCGCCGCACCGCACCCCGCUAACAGCGACUGCCCGCAGCAGGCGCCGCACGUGGCCAUGUACCCCACGCCCAUCCCCUCCGUCGACACGUACGCCGAGCGCCUCUCGCGCGCCGUGCAGCUCGACACGAGCGUCGGCGACAACUGGCCCUCGCCCGCCGACGACAACGAGCGCUGGCAGACGCGCUUCGAGCCGUUCCGUAACUUUCUCGCCGACGCCUUUCCGCGCACGCACGCCGAGGAUGGCCCCGUUAAGCGCGAGCUUGUCAACUCGCACGCGCUCCUCUACACGUGGCAGGGCAGCGACAAGAGCCUCAAGCCGAUCCUGCUGACGGCGCACCAGGACGUCGUGCCCGUCGACCCGCAGACCGUCGGCAGCUGGCGCUUCCCGCCGUUCUCGGGCCACUACGAGAACGGCACCGUGUGGGGCCGCGGCAGCCACGAUGCCAAGGCAUGGGUGAUUGGCAUCAUGAGCACGCUCGAGGCGCUGCUCGACCCCGAGGCCGAGUUCUCGCCCGCGCGCACCAUCAUCGUGGCGUUUGGCUUCGACGAGGAGGCCAGCGGCCCGCACGGCGGCGGCCAUCUGGCCAAGGCGCUCGAGGAGCGCCUCGGCAAGGACAGCGUGGCGCUGCUGCUCGACGAGGGCACGCCCAACUUUGGCAAGAACGACGCGCUGGGCAUGCCCGUUGCCAUCGUUGCCGUCGAGGAGAAGGGACAGGCGCACAUUGCGCUGCGCAUCGACACGCCCGGCGGCCACUCGAGCGGCGCGCCCGUGCACACGUCGAUCGGCAUGCUCGCCUCCAUCCUCACUGCCAUGGAGAAGGCGCCCGAGGAGCGCCGCUUCCCCGCCGGCGAGUCCGCGCCGCUGAAGCAGCUGCUCUGCCUGCGCCACUCGCCCAGGAUGCCCGACAAUGUGCGCCGUGCACUGCGCGACCUGGCUUGGGCGCGUCGCUCGUCGAUCGACGUCGACCACUCAAGCAUGUCGUGGCUCGCACGCGCGGCACUCGCGCUUGACCGCCUCACGCCGUCGAGCGGCCGCGACCGCCGCAUCAAGCGCGCCGAGCAGCGCGUGCUCGAGGUGCUGCCUCGCCAGCUGGCCAACCCGCUCUUCACCACGCGCGCCAUCGACAUCAUCCAUGGCGGCACCAAGAUCAACGCGCUGCCCGAGGGCGUCGAGGCCUCCAUCGACCACCGCAUCGCCACGUGGUCCAACGUCGAGGCGGUCAAGGAGAUGUACCGCAAGCUGCUGCGCCAGGCGGCCAAGGACUUCCAUCUCUCGCUGGAGGCGUUCGGCGAGGACCUGAGCGGCAAGGCGGACCCCUCCGCGCCCUUCCUGGGCAAGAUCACUGUCGCCGAGUGGGCCGGCUCACUGGAGCCCGCGCCGCGCACGCCGGUCGUCGGCAAGGACGCGCAUGCCUUCCGGCUGCUCAGCUCGGUCAUCCGCGACACGUACCGCGUGGACGAGGACGGCCUGCCGGUGCUGAGCGGCGGCGAGGGUGUCACGGUUGUGCCCGCGACGAUGCAGGGCAACACCGACACGCGCUACUACUGGUCGCUGACGCGCAACAUUUUCCGCUACGGCCCGGCCAGCUUCGCGCCCGACGCCACAGGCCUCGGCACGGGCUUUGGCGUGCACAGCGUCAACGAGCACUUCACUGCCGAUGCGCGCCUCGUCGACUUCUACUCGCACCUCAUCCGCCUGGUCGAUGCUGACCGCGAGCUGUGAGAGGUUCAUCAAGCGCCAAAAGGUCGCGUCACAUGCAGCGGGCAACAAUUCCAUUUGCAGCCGCCGUCCCAGUGUCACCGCGCGUUGCGCUGUCGUGCG